AUGGCCAAUUCUGCUUUUGCAAACCCAGCCCUUCUCCAUCUGCAGCAACAGCAGCAGUUACAGCAGCAGCAGCAAAUGAUGCUGUUGCAGGUACACCAGCAACAACAGCAGCAGGAACAAAACCAUCUGGAGCAGCGAGAACAUAAGCAGCAGCAACUGCAGUUCCUGGCGGAAGAGCAGCAGCAGCAACAGCAGCAGCAGCAGCAACAACAACAACAGGUUAGCUCCUUAUUGCCAAGUGAUGGCAUGGGCUGUAUGACUUCUCCCUCGGGUCUAUCUGAUGCUGUUUUGGGGUUUUCUUCUGCGUCUUCUUCUCCGGAUGAAUGCAACUGCCCUAAAGUAACGGAUUUACCUUCACAACAUAAAUGGGAGGCAGCCCCAGCAGCAGCAUCACCUCCGCUGUACGUACAGCUAAACCCGCAGUCUCCUUUGCCCAUGCAGCAACAGGUACAGCAGCAGUACCUCCACCAGUGCCCGCAGCAGCAGCAACAACAGCAGCUAUGGUCCUCCCCCGUGCACCAACAGCAGCAGCAACAGCAGCAACAGCAGCAGCAACUGCAGCAGCAACAGCAGCAACUGCAGCAGCAACAGCAGCAGCAACAGGUGCUGCUACAGCAGGUUCCUGUACGCUAUGAUUCUGAACUGGAGAUGUGGGUAGUGGUGGUGCCUGUCGUGGGGUCUCGCCAUUUGAUGUUUUCUUCAAAGUAUUGUGUGCGGAAGAGAGGCUUCGAGGAAGCAAAGAGAAGGGCUUUAGCGGCAUACAGGCGAUUUCUGCAGCAUCACUCACCUGCUGCUGCUGCUGCAGCAGCAGCUGCUGCAGCGAAGAGGCAGGAAGGGGCCUUUGGGAAGCAACCUGAAGCAACAAAUGAACCCUCCAUUUUUUUCUCAGCGGCCAAAGAGGGCUUGUCAAUCAGCCGCCGUCAGAUGACCCAGCAGCAGCAGCGGGAAUAA